AUGCCAGAGUUGCGUAGCGGAGCACGGAGAUCAAAACGGCUUGGUGAUCUCCAGCCUGCCCCUCAACCCAUUAAUCAAGAAGAAAAUUUUGUUGCACCUGCUCAAAAUAGAACCAGGAGGAGAGGAAGAGGCAGAGGCAAUGCAGCGGCUGUAGCAAAGGGGCCUUCUGCAGCAACACCCACAAGGCCUACUGCAGCUGGUAGAGGCAGAGGAAUUCGUCCGAUAGAUCUAGACCCGGAACCGCCUUGUGAGGUUCUUCCUCAAGCAGUUGCCCUUGGGGCCGGGGAACCAGCUUUUAACAGAAUAGAGGGCGUUGCAGAUAAGGAAAUUGCCAUGGAAGGUGGGAGCGCAGACAAAAUAGUGGGAGUUGAAGAAGAAGCAAGUACAACUCCCGUUCCUGAGAGGGUACAAGUGGGUAAUUCUCCCGUGUAUAAGACAGAAAGGAAGUUGGGUAAGGGUGGUUUUGGCCAAGUUUAUGUUGGCCGAAGAGUCAACGGUGGCUCUGAAAGACCAGGGCCAGAUGCAAUUGAGGUAGCAUUGAAGUUUGAGCAUCGAAAUAGUAAAGGUUGCAAUUAUGGCCCUCCGUAUGAGUGGCAGGUGUACAACACCUUGAAUGGAUGUUAUGGGAUCCCAUGGGUUCACUACAAGGGUCGUCAAGGAGAUUUUUACAUCCUGGUAAUGGACAUGCUUGGACCCAGUCUUUGGGAUGUUUGGAAUUCCUUUGGCCAGUCGAUGUCACCAACUAUGGUUGCUUGCAUUGCUGUGGAGGCUAUAUCAAUUCUUGAAAAGCUUCACAUGAAGGGGUUUGUGCAUGGAGAUGUGAAGCCAGAGAACUUUUUACUCGGUCAACCUGGAACUGCUGAUGAAAAGAAGCUAUAUCUCAUUGACCUUGGUUUGGCAUCUAGGUGGAAAGACGCAUCAUCUGGUCAGCAUGUCGAGUAUGACCAGAGGCCAGAUAUAUUCAGGGGUACAAUAAGGUAUGCAAGUGUGCAUGCACAUUUGGGUCGUACUGGUAGUAGGAGGGACGAUCUAGAGUCACUGGCCUACACGCUUAUAUUUCUCAUCAAAGGAAGGUUGCCUUGGCAAGGAUACCAGGGGGACAACAAGAGUUUUCUGGUCUGUAAAAAGAAAAUGGCUACUUCACCGGAGUUGAUGUGCUGCUUUUGCCCAGCUCCAUUCAAACAGUUUCUUGAGGCUGUUACAAAUAUGAAGUUUGAUGAGGAGCCAAAUUAUCCUAAGCUGAUAUCCUUUUUUGAAAGUCUUAUUGAACCGUGCAUAUCAUUGAGGCCAAUCAGAAUUGAUGGAGCUCUCAAGGUUGGUCAGAAGCGUGGGAGGUUGCUCAUUAAUUUGGAAGAGGAGGAGCAACCUAAAAAGAAAGUACGACUAGGUAGUCCUGCUACCCAGUGGAUUUCAGCAUAUAAUGCACGUCGCCCCAUGAAACAGAGAUAUCACUACAAUGUUGCGGACUCACGGCUCCGACAACAUGUGGAGAAGGGUAAUGAAGAUGGUUUGUAUAUUAGCUGCGUGGCAUCGGCUUCAAAUCUGUGGGCCUUAAUCAUGGAUGCCGGUACUGGUUUCACUUCGCAGGUGUAUGAGCUUUCAUCCGUCUUCCUUCAUAAGGAUUGGAUCAUGGAACAAUGGGAAAAAAGCUAUUACAUCAGUUCAAUUGCUGGUGCAGCUAAUGGAAGUUCGCUAGUUAUUAUGUCUAAAGGAACUCCUUACACCCAACAGUCAUAUAAAGUUAGUGAAUCUUUUCCAUUCAAGUGGAUUAAUAAAAAAUGGAAGGAAGGUUUCCAUGUCACAUCAAUGACUACUGCUGGCAGUCGCUGGGGUGUUGUAAUGUCUCGAAAUUCAGGGUACUCUGAGCAGGUUGUAGAGCUUGAUUUUCUGUAUCCAAGUGAGGGAAUACAUCGUCGAUGGGAAAGUGGCUACAGAAUAACGUCCAUGGCUGCUACUGCUGAUCAAGCAGCCUUCAUACUGAGUAUCCCAAGACGUAAAAUGAUGGAUGAGACUCAAGAGACUCUUCGCACAUCUGCCUUCCCUAGUACACAUGUAAAGGAGAAGUGGUCCAAAANAAAAAAAAAAAAAAAAAAAAAAAAGGACAUCUAG